AUGGAAGAUGUAGUGGAAGAAAGCGGUGGCCCGUCUUUAGCCGAUCUGGGGAUUACUGCUGGAGCAAGCACACAAAAAACCGCUAUAGGCAAAACUAAAGUUUAUGAUAAAUUAACCUUGUGGGAGAAAUUAUUCCUCUUCUCAUCGUUAGUUAGCUUUGCUACCGUGCUGGGUUUAACCAUUCAACGUUUGACUGUCCUACAACCGUCAAGCCCUGAUUUUACCUUUGCUCUUGUUCUACUUUUAAAUAUUGCUUUCUGCUUAUAUUACGCUUUUAAUGGAGUUUUUCGUGAGCGUGAAUUUGAAUUAUACGCAUUUAUUGCGGCUUCUGUCAUUGUCCUCUUUUAUGUCAUUAUCGAAUUUAUAAUUCAUCCCAAGCAACGCAGCGGAUAUAAAAUUGCUCGUUUAGUAGUGAUAUGUGUUCUCGCUCCCAUUGAUAUUGGACUAUGUUGGAAAUCCGCUCAAGAAUUUGGUUGGUUGGAAUUUAACAUCGUUGGUGCUACUGAAGUAUUACAAACAGCUUAUCGAACAGUUUGCCGAUUAUCUGCUUUACUCAAUUUUGACCUUCAGCUCCAAUUUAGUUUACUCAUUUUAAUCGUUUCUAAUUUUACUCAAUUAAGUACAUUGGAAAAAGUGGUUAUCGGCCUUGGUGUUGCUAUUGCAGUGAUCAUGUUUAUCCUCGGCUAUAUAGCGGUACAAAUCGAAUCGGUUAUUAUGGUCAUAAUAUUUAUCAUCUUGUCGGUUUGUGAGCCAGGAUAUAUUGUCUACAAGUUCGCUAAAACCAUUGUGUUCCUAACCUAUCGUGUUGUCCCUAAGGAAGGGUCUGCGUUGAUAUUGGAUAUUUCCAUUUUUGUAGUGGGGACUAUCGCGUUGAUUGUUCGCUUAGUCUUGAUAUUUGUGAUGAAUCAAGCUUACAGAAACUUUGGCAAGGGCUUAAAAGACAAAUCAUUUGGAUGUUGUACGACAGAUACUUCCUUAGCUCGAACAAAAAAUCGCCAUUAA